AUGGUCCUUGAAUCGACGGUUGUUUGGUAAAACUCUUUGACGUUUUUCCACCUUUUUGUAGCUUCGUAAAAUAUUGUAACGUCUUGUCACGUUUUUGUCUAAUGAUCUCCUUUCUUUUACAGUGUUGAUAAUAGUGAGUGGAUGAGAAAUGGCGAUUUCCUUCCCACGAGAUUACAAGCACAGCAAGAUGCAGUCAGUAUGGUUUGUCGUUCAAAAACUCGACAAAACCCAGAGAAUAAUGUCGGUCUGAUAACCUUAGCUAGGUAAGUGAAUGGGCGCUUAAGAGGCUGUCCGCGUAAGACCGCGAAGGCAAAUUUACGGAUUGCCCAGAUUUUUUCAGUGGAAGAUAACUAUCCCAUCCCAUGAACAAAUAUCACAUUUAGUGGAACCAAUUCAUUUUUUUUCUCUAUAUUACAGGAAUAUUUUCUAGGUCACCUAGAACUAGCCAGUUUGCCGUCGGAAGUGGUGCGAUUUUGCCGAAACUUUACGGCUCUCUCAAACCUGCCUUACAAAGCCGAAUAAGCAAAAUAUUCUACACACAAAAGUUCUAACUCUGAUUAAUAGUUUCGAGGUCUAAUGGUUGCAUUCUGUGGAAAGUUGGCUGAGAUAUGAAUUUUUUAAAAUGACCUUUAAGUUGCUCGGCAGGAAAAGUAAUUUGCAGAACCAGAGCUGAAAUUGUGCAAAAGUGGCACCUGACCCAGACUUAUCCAUGCCCAGACUCAAGUCUAUGCUAAAUCAGAAGUUCUAAGACCAGUGUACUUCUUAAUGCAAUAAAAUUUGUGGACACUCUUCUUUGCGUACUGUACAAAGUUCAGCUAAAUUUCCAAAAUUUUGCAUACUCACCGCAAAGCUGUAAUAAUUGUAACGGUCCACAUCUGAUCUACUAAUUUCCAUACCUAUAACAUUUCUAGUCAUCACCAAAUGUCAUUAGACCCUCUAAAAGUUGGAAUUUUGAAAACAUAUGGAGAAAAAUUGGUAGUUGCUUUUUUGUUUUUUUUUCCUUGUCGACGAUGGAUGUGACUUAUUUCUCCAUAUUUAAAUAACCUUAGGUGCGUCAUUUCAACAAAUUGACAGGAAAUAUAAUCCUUGCAUCUCACAUUUUUAAGGGAAAAAUAACCCUUCUUUUACAGAAAAACACGAACUAUGACUUAGAAUUCCCUUAAGGUCUGUUUCUUUAGAGGAAGAAGCAGCUGAAGAAGUUAUGUUUACAUGGCUAAAAAUAGUUUAGUUACUGUGGCCUGUCACGCAUUCCUCAAGAGUGGCCGUGUAUCGAUCCGUUCUAUUAUCUUAUUAUCUUUUUUUAAGUGAUGGUUAUUGAUAAUCAUACAAUUUUAUCACAGUAAAUUCCAAUUCUUUGCUGGGUGGGUAAUACUGUGCUGUUGUAUUUAUUCAUUCCACAACUGCUUUAACUGAGUCUGUCUCCAAUACUGCUACUAGGACAAGGUUAUGACAGCCCAUGGUAUAAUACACGACAAAUAGCUUCAAAUAGUCGCUUGAUUUCUGCAACAAGCUUUUGCCUUUUGAACUCCCCGUCUUCUUCCAGCAGGUCUCUGGUCAAGUUCAAUUUCUGCAGAACCUUGUUGUCUUCUCUUUGUUGCAGCGAGAAAGGAAAAGAAACCUUGCACCUAACUUUUGGUCAACCAUUCUUCUCUAGUAAACAGCUGAUUGUUUUGCGCACCUUUGGCUUUGCGCAUAUCAUUAGAAACCUGCAGAGGCUCUGCUUUACGUCUCGUCUGUUCACCAAGGUCAAACUUCGCUGUUAAAUAUUUCUUCACUUUAUCAGUAAACUUGGAAGGUCCAACUCUGGGCUUAGCCAGUGCUCAACCCAUACAAACAGGUGGGUCUGAUGGCCGCGGGUCAUGCUGAUCACUUGUACUUUAGAUGUGCUUGGCAUAUCUUCAGUUAUAUUAACAGCUGUGGUGAACCUUUCUACCUGGUCAUGCCAGAGUCUUUCAUGAAGUGUUUCAGAAUCCUUCCUUUCUUGUUUUAUAAUGUGAUCCACAACAUUGAGAUGUGACUCCAUCUCUGAAAAGUUUGGGAAUCCUUUGACCUAUCCGAGUUCCGAGCACUCAAACAAAUAUAGUUGGUGAUCCCUAUCGUCAUCUGAACUUUCUAACAGGGGCUAUUGACAUUUGUAAACCGAUGCAUCUUUGCAAUCAAAAAACCCGCUAAUGACAGGGAGCGUGGUGCUUUCUUGAGAUUGUGAAACCAACUGGUCAAAAGGAAACUCUUUGCGAGGUCCUUUUCCUUAUGAUCCUCAGACACGUAUGCCUUUUUCCUCGAACUGGAAAUUGUGUAGCCUGUUAAAGCCUUCCAUCUUCUUCACCUCUAAUGUCUUCUUGGUCUCAUCGACAGUGCAGACGCGGGCGUUUGUUCCUAUCACUGAUCUUUCUGACUACAGUGCUCUCUUUAAUGUCAGCUGCUGUAAGAAUAUCAUGUCCUUCAUCGCAGAAUCUUCUAAUGCACGAUUUCAUUGGGCAUAAAAUUCUGUCACGUAUAUUGUUGCCAUAGUGUGGCUCUGAAUAAUCAUAGUGGCAAACCUCUAUACCCAUCCUCUGACCAAAAUCCUUUACUGCAGUGAUAAGGAAGUUGUUAUGAUAGCAGCCGCCUUCAUCUGACCACAGAUGGAUCUUAGAAACAUGUGGCUUCUGCCUCUUGAUUUCUUGUAGAGUGUGCUCAGCAACUGAACAGACCGCAAACCAGUCCUGCUGGCAAGCAUCAAAGAGGUGAGCAUAAGACUGUAAUUCUAGGCUACCUGCCUUUUCUGGAUCACUGCAAAUGACCGUGGAGAUGUGCAAGCUCAGGCCGCUCUUUCCAUACCAAUCUGACUGCUUCUCAUGAUAUCUGAGCUGCUUAAACUUCAUCGCCCAGUCCAUUACAAGAAGUGCCAAUUCUGGGUUGAACGCUAUCAUCUUCAACUAAUCUUGCUUUGCUGCUUCUUGAUUCACUGAUCUGACGAUGUGAACUUUCCAAUGAAACAUAUUUGUGCAGACCUGCUUGAAGUUGUAGAGAACUGUCAGUCCUCACUGUAAGGGUGCCAGGAAGAGCCUCUAAUUUGAACUUCUACUUCAUCAUGAACAUUUUUCAUAUUUUUCACAGUAACCCUAAGUUUCUGAGUGCUGAUGAGGACAGAUUUCAUGAAAAUGGGGAUCUUGUUAGUCACUGAGGGCGAAUUUGUGGCAGUGGUUGGGACACUUGGCUUCCUCUGGCUUGCAAUGAACAUGAUAACAAGUCUUGAAGUAGCGUUUAGCAUCCUAAAGCUUUCUUUUGGCUUACAUGCACCAUUUUUUUUCUCCAAUCCUACUUUCUUUAGGCUAUCAGUGAUUAUUUCAACCUUGUGGAAAGCUGCUGAUCCUUCAGCAGUGGUAUUGUCGAGACCUUGGAGUGACUUUCUCUGAGAGGCUUCCCAUACAUCUAGAAUCUUGAAUAACGUAGUGCGGCUGAAGGGCUCACACUUUUUAACUUGGCGCAACUGCACAUAUUGAUUGUUCAUCGUCAAGAGUGUAACUGUAGGCAUGACAUUAGGCAUUUCCAUAGUUUCACCACUGUCCAACUUCAAAACUUUGGUUCCGUAUGAAACAUCUUGGUAGAAAUAUGGGCGAUUAAUGAAUUCGAUGAAAUGGUUCAAUUUGCCCAUGUCAAUGCGCACAUGAUGGUACUUUUUUUCACGUGAACAGUACCUGGGCCUAGCACUCUUGCAUGGUAUCUUGCUUGAUUUAUUUGUUGUGUCGAUAAUUUUUCAUACAGGUAAUGUAGUUUUUCAGUUAAUCAUUAUUUUAUUAUUAUCAAUAACAAUCAUUUAAAAAAGAUAAUAAUGUUAUAGAAUUGAUCAAUACACCAACGCUAUUGUUUUUAAAUCAACCACCAGUCUUCAGGAAUGUGUGACAGGCCACAGUAAUUACCAUGUAGACAUAUAUUCUUCAGCUGCUUCUUCCUCUAAAGAAACAGAUCUUAAGGGAAUUCUAAGCCAUGGUUCAUGUUUUUCCUUGGAAAGGAGGAUUAUUUUUCCCUUGAAAAUGUGAAAUCCAAGGAUUUAUAUUUCCUGUCAAUUUGUUGAAACGAUGCACCUAAGGUUAAUUUGCAUACAGAGAAUUAAGUCACGUUCAUCGUCAACAAGGAAAAAAACAAAAAAACGGCUACCAAGUUUUCCUCAUAUGUUUUCAAAAUUCCAACAUUUAGAGGGUCUAAUGACAUUUGGUGAUGACUGGAAACGUUAUAGGUAUGGAAAUCAGUAGAUCAGAUGUGGACUGUUACAAUUACAGCUUUGCGGUGAAUAUGGCGAAUUUUGGAACAUUAACGAAAAUUUGUACAGCACCCAAAGAAGAGUAUCCCCAAAUUUUAUUGCAUUAAGAAGUAGACUGGUCAUAGUACUUCUAAUUUAGCAUAGACUUGAGUCUGGGUUAGGUGCCACUUUUGCACAAUCACUUCUUCAGCUCUAGUUAUUCAAAUUACUUUUCCUGUCAAGCAAAUUAAAGGUCAUUUUAAAAAAUUCAUGUCUCAGCCAACAUUCCACAGAAUGCAUCCAUUGAACCUUGAAACUAUUAAUCAGAGUUGAAACUUUUGUGUGUAAAAUACUUAGCUUAUUCAGCUUCAUAAGGCAGGUUUGACAGAGCCGUAUUAAAGGUUCAGCAAAAUUGCACCACUUCUGACUGCAAACUGGCUAGUUAUAGGUGACCUAGAAAAUAUUCCUGUAAUAUAGAGAAAAAAUUAAAUUGGUCCAAAUAAAUGUGAUAUUUCUUCAUGGGAUAGGAUAUUUUUUUCCGUGAUGACCCGAAAUUUGCCUUAUUGGUUCUUACGCAGACAGCCUCUUAAUUCAGAUUAUACUAAUUCCAAGACUGAAUCCAAAAAGAGGAAGCAAAGAGGCAAAAUAGCUAACCACUGACUGUUCUGAUAUGAUUGAUAUAUGCGAAUUUCAUAUAUUUGAACUGUGGGAUAAAGAAAUAGAUGCAACUCAGAAGAUCAUCCCAGUUAAAUAUGCAACUUCUACAUUUGUGAAAAGAAAGCCUGAAACAUUCAGGCUUGCCAGGAUUUGAACCCUGACUUCUGUGAUACCAGUGCAAGGUUCUAACCAAAUGAGCUACCAAGCCAACUGGGAGCUGGUCAUUAUAUUUGUAAAUUGGUUUUUAAUAUACCCAAGGAAGAUAAAAUAAUGACUAUGUGAAAUUUAUGUAUUUGAAUUGCAAAAUGAAGAAAUAAAUGCAGAAAAGAUCAUCACAGUUGCGGAAAAAAAGCCUAAAAAAUGCAGGCUAUUGUUACAUCGACUGUUCUGGUGUAAGUGUCUGGUUGGCUUAUUGUCAGAAUACACUUUGAAGCAACCCCUCAAAAUAGCUGGAUAUUUGGACUUUUUGUUGGUAAAAUCCACCUCCCAGGUUAAACCAGUGUUCAACCAAGAAUAAUUAUUGUUGUUGUUGUUGUUGGAACUCUAGUAAAGAGCUAAACCUUAAAGAAUGAAAGCUAGUUUAAACUGAGAACAGUUUGACCUGCAAUAUAUCUGUUACUGGUCAAAAUUAUAUUCAGGUUAAAAUUUUUUUAUCUUGGUUGUUUCUCAAUUUUCUUUGUCUCCUGGUCCUAAUUCAUGAAUAAUUAGGGCUAGGAGACCAAAAAAAUUGAGAAUCAACCUAGGCUAAAUAAUUUUAAUCUGAAUUUUAAUUUUGACCUGUAUGCUAUGCUGUCUUCAACAUUAUUUGACGAUCGAAUAGAAUCCGUACAGCAACUAUCUAGUACUCUUUAAAACACUGGGAUUUUCCAUAUCCCACCAUGCUCUUGGGUCUCAGCUCCAGACUUCCAUGUCCUAUACUCUCCCCUGCCGACGAAAAUGGCAUCCUGACAUUAUUUUACAUAGAUCAUACAAUUAGCGCUAACUGGCAGUGACAACAGUGAAGGAAACAAAAUGGAGGGCCUGGGCUCAACUUUGGAUGUGUAAAAAAACUAACAAACUAACUAACAAACCAAAAAAAACUCGGGUCUGUGAACUUGUGGGACUCAAAAAAACUAAUUUACAUGAGAAAGUUGCAACCAAAGUUCAACCCUAAGAAGAAGAGUAACCCCAGGAUCGGGGAUCUGUGCUACUUUGGCCAUUAUAAGUCCUCUUUCGUUUCCCCUGAUGCUGAAGCUGGGCUUUCUGGAGUGGCAUUCACUGUUUCCGUUGGGUCACGUAGUGGUUCUGCUUCGGGGCACUGCAAUGUACCAUUGCUGUCCGUGUCCAACUGAGCAUCUGGUGAUGCUGGGCCUUCUGGGCUGCUCGUAGCUGGUUCUGCUGCUAUAUCUUGUGGGACAACUGUAGGAGGCUGUGAGUUAUCACCCGCUGUCUUUGUCACACUGAGCAGUAGAGUACGUAUCUGCCCCUUUGUCAAUGUCUUCUUGGUCCCUGUGUAGUCAUUGGCCAAUAGAUGGGGCAUGUGGUGUACUCACAGUAUACCCCUCACCUGAACUUUCCUGGUCCUCUCUGACAUGAAUUGGUGGCACAGUGCUAGUGGGCUGACAAGUUUUGUCCCCUACUUUCUUGAGGGAAGGUGGGGUUUCAAGUGGCAAUGCUUCACAAGGAAGGAGCAAAUUACGGUGUAGUACUCUCUGUUUGCCCGUCCACCUUCUGGCCUCACCCGAUAGACGGGACUGUCUGCUAUUCAUUUCUCAAUGAUGUGUAUCUGUUCUUCCCAAUGUUAACGAAGCUUCCCUGGUCCUCCACUUUCCGGCAAAUUUCGGACAAGAACACAAUCACCAGGACAUGAAAUUAACAAGAGACGUUCCCUUGCCUUCUGAAAGGCAUGGGAAUGCAGUUUGUACAAGGCAGGUCAUGCCAUGUUUGGUACCGAUGCUGCUCCCUUGUUUUACUACCUCUUCGAUGACAUUAAAUCCAAUAAUGAGAUAUUCUUGGUUAUCUUGCCUUCCCACUAGAAUGGACACUGUUAUUGGCUCUGACUGUCCAUAUUCCCCAACCAACUGAAAUUCUACCUCAAUCCGGCCAUCAUAUAAAAGUUUACUACCAUUUGCAACCUUCAGGUCCAGUUCAUGUUCCCCCAAUAACUCACUUUUAUCUCUCUCUGGCACAUCAGGUAGAUAGGUGUCCUUCCGUGACUUUGAUAUAAUGCAAACUUGAGCACCUGUGUCCCAAAGGGCAUCAACCUUCUUCCCUUGUAGUAAACAGCUUACAAUGCACCUUCUCCUUACCAACUUUAAGUCAACUUUGAAUGCUGGGGUGAAGUUAAGUGGGCAGGAAAUGACAUUAUCAACUCUUCUUCCCCUUUUGCGGACGACUGGUUCGUUGUUUCCACCUCUCUUAAAGCUUCACAAAGUAUCUUAUACUCCCCCCAAUGUUCUUGUUGGCACAAUUUUGAAUAGUACCAGCUAGCAUGGCAUUGUGAACAACAAACGUGUCGACUGGUAACACUUUCUAUUCUCCCACACUUCACAAGUGUUCGGGACUGUUUCUGCAUAUUCAGGGUUACUUCCUGUUCCAAGGGUGCAAUCCCAGUCUGUUUUCCUGGAAAUAUGCCCAGUUUUGGCUCGUGAUCUCCGGCAAUUGUAGCUGAAAUGACCACUCCUCCACCAAAUAAAGCAAUGGGUGCAUCGCUCCCCAAAGCCUUCUCUUAGACAAUCUGCACACCUUCUAGGUCGUGCCCUCUGUUCAUUUCUGAACCCGUUUUGAUCUUGGGUGGUGGUACGAUGUUGGCUUCCUAUGGAUUCCCUAAUGGCAGCAAGCUCUGCUUUCAUUUCCUGUACUUCUGUAAGAAGGUUAGGUUUUGCUUGCUUCUGUGGAUGCACCACCCCCACUCCCCAAGCAUUGCCCCAUGCAUUUAAGGUACCACUGAGUUCUGCUAAACUCUGCAGACAGGCUUAUUUCCACAAAUAUGUAAAAUGGGUCAGUGAAACAGUUCCAAAAUCUAUGUCCUGGGCCACCACUUUUGUACCAAGUUUUGAGUAUGUGCCAUGAUUGGCCUGUUAAAUCAGCCAAGGUCAAUUUGCCAAUCAGGUUGAAGGGAAAUUUGAAAACCCCCCCCCCCACCCCCAGUUGGUGUCUCCUUGGUAGGGGUUACUUUAGCUACAAGUGGUACAGGGUUUGUGCUUGUGGCAGGCCCACGAAGUGAACCAAGUUUUUGCUGACAGCUCCAUUUAGUUUUUCAAACAGUUCCUCAACUGUAACAUGAGUGUUUUGGAGGUAUGGCUUCAACUCCAAGUUUUACUGUCACUUGGAAGACCUGUCAGCGAUGAGUGUGAGAGCAUGCUCUGAACAAGUUUGGGGUCAUACUUCAAAUCAGAUUCUGCCUCUUGUGAAGCAAAUAGUACUCUCUGUUUAAGGUUAAGAAGGCGAACCAAGAAGUCCUAGGGGGUCUCCCCAACCUCUUGCACCCCAGAACUAAGUAACUGGUACAUUUCAGUAGCUUCGAUUCUUUCUCUUCAUAGUGUGAUCUAAGGAUCUUGCAUACAUUUGCUAAGGUCAGAUCAGGCUUACCUUCCAGGUAGCUCCUUAACCUCAAUCCAGGAUUUACUGCAUGGAUAACUGCCUCUAUUACGUCCUCUUCUUUGUAACCACGGUUUAAUCCAGCAUUAAUUUGAUGGGCCGAGCUAGUAAAGCUGAGUUGGUCUUUCUUAGCGAAUCUCUGUUCUGCCCCAAAAUUUUAAACUUCUUUUUAAACGUUGUCAUGGUAGAAACUUCUCAAGGACACUCGCACUGGCUCCCGCGUCUGACUUUUGCAUCCCAGCUGCAUCGUUUGUUGUCAGGUCCACUUUUAACCUUUGUUGCCGAUCCUUCUGCCCCUUCUGCUCGACAAAACUCUCAACUCCUUCAACUUCUUACUAUCCAGUUCCUCAGCAUCCAAAUAUUUUGUCGCAGUUUGAAUUAGAGCGAGGCAGCCUGUGUCUUUCUCCUUCAAUUUGAUGUGCAACUCUGUGCAUAGUUCUCGAAGGAAUGCUUCAUUGAGGCGAUUAAUCGGCCCUCUUAGCUCAAUUUGUGCCUCCUCAAUUUGCUCGGGUUCGUUGGCCUUUUCAUUCAGUAUUUAAAUCAUGUCGAGGUCACCAAAUAUUACACUGUCUUCUUCUCCUUUAACUUUAUUUGGCGAUCGAAUAGAAUCCACACAGCAACAAUUUACUACCCUUUACAACAGCGGGAUUUUCCAUAUCCCACCAUGUUCUUGGGUCUCAGCCCCAGACUUCUACAUUCUACAUGUAACAUACAUGUAUAUCCACAUAUCACAGUCUACAUAGUAUAGCAAUUACCAUACACAGUUUUCCUGUUUUAAAACUUAAAACUAACAAAAGUUAACUUUAUUUAAAGAGGGCAUGAGCACGUGACACUUUCAAUAACGAAUAAACCACUUUCCAGAUCAGAUUUUAAUCUGGACAUGUUAGUUUUUUAGAGAGGGGAAACCUGUUUUACUCAGAGAUUAAUCUUUGGAGCAGAGAAGAGAACUGACCACAUACGUUUUGGAUGCUAGGACUUGAAUCAAAGCCUCAUUAGUGGGAGGCGAGCGCUUUCACCAAUGCACCACCCCCACUCCCCAAGCAUUGCCCCAUGCAUUUAAGGUACCACUGAGUUCUGCUAAACUCUGCAGACAGGCUUAUUUCCACAAAUAUGUAAAAUUGGUCAGUGAAACAGUUCCAAAAUCUAUGUCCUGGGCCACCACUUUUGUACCAAGUUUUGAGUAUGUGCCAUGAUUGGCCUGUUAAAUCAGCCAAGGUCAAUUUGCCAAUCAGGUUGAAGGGAAAUUUGAAAAGCAUUUCCAGUAAUUCAUUGAGCCUGUUUGGGACCCACAACAAGGAUAUCAGUCCUGCUACACAGACAUCACUAACAGCGUUAAGAUUACGUCUGCGAAGCAGGGUAGCUUUUCCAGCAGGGAUACAGCUUAACCCUUUAAGCCCAAAGNGGUCAGUGAAACAGUUCCAAAAUCUAUGUCCUGGGCCACCACUUUUGUACCAAGUUUUGAGUAUGUGCCAUGAUUGGCCUGUUAAAUCAGCCAAGGUCAAUUUGCCAAUCAGGUUGAAGGGAAAUUUGAAAAGCAUUUCCAGUAAUUCAUUGAGCCUGUUUGGGACCCACAACAAGGAUAUCAGUCCUACUACACAGACAUCACUAACAGCGUUAAGAUUACGUCUGCGAAGCAGGGUAGCUUUUCCAGCAGGGAUACAGCUUAACCCUUUAAGCCCAAAGAGUGAUCAGCAUCAAAUUUCUCCUUGUAACAUCAGUGCUUUGUAAAACAGAGUGGUCAUGAGAAUUAUGGACUUGAUCACACAAGAUGAAUUUGCUUGAUAUUUUAUCAACUUCUCCUCACUAAUUCUGUAGGAAAUGAAUAGGGACAACAAAUGAGAAUUGAAAUUUUGAUGUUAGGUGGCUGGGUAUUCUGCAGUUACAUGUACUCUGACUAGCUGAUUGGUUAGCCUUACCUAAAGUAUAUCUCAGGAAAAAGAACACAUACUUUAAUGGAGAGUUUUCAUGACAAGCUGAAUAACCAACUUUUGUUUUUAACCUCAAAAAGUACGACACACUAUUCCCCUCAUUGUGCUUUAGUGGCUGAUCAUUUUUGAUAUUCUUGAAAACUCCACCUUUGUUUAAACAGUUAUAUUUCAAAGAAUCUGAUCACGCUUGACUUUUGAAGGAUUCUACUCAUUAUCUUGUCCAUGCUUUAUGCUUUAUUCACAGCCUUGAAGUCCUGGUAACAUUAACCCCAGAUGUUGGCAAAAUUUUAUCAUCUCUGCAUAGAGUCCAAUUUAAGGGAGCAAUAAACUUCCUAACAGCAGUUAAAAUAGCCCAUGUAAGUUUUUAUCAUUUCAAUUUUUUUAGUUGUUACAGUGCGACCGGGAAAACCGUGAAUGCUUGAAAUAUCUCAGGAAUGGUUAUUGUGUUAUGACCAAUCACAGCAAAGAUCAGUAUACGCAAACUGGCCAUGAAACCACAAACUAAUUAACAUUCUUGCUUGCGGUUUAGUUUUCUCACACCUGAUUGGCUUUUCUCUUGCAAGACAAUAACAUUCCCGAAAUAUUUCUGGUGUUCUACAGUUUUCCCGGUUUGACUGUAAAACCAACACUAAUAGUCCUGACCCAUAUAUUGAUUUCAUAAACGUUGAUUUGCCCUCAAACCUAGACAUUCAUUUAGCAGCUCUAAGCACUUUAUGGGCUCCAAAAACUGUUUCCAUCUCCAGACUUCAAAAGAAAUAAGAGAGGAAAAUUGAUCACGUCUGACUGGUCAAAAUAUUUAAACUAACACAAUAACUUGAAGGUACUAUAGUGUAGUACAGCUACUGUAGCUUAACAACCAAAUGGUGAUCUUGGGCCGACAUUGUCCGUUGGUCGGCUGUUAAUUUGAGCUAAUCUCUUCUUGGGGGAUUGUUUUAGGAUUCUUUACUUGGCUUCUACAAGUCGUGUUUGUUGUUUGUAAAAUUAGUUAUCAAGUUAAACCAGAAUUGCUUUUGUUUAUUAUGAGUAAUAAGGGGCUGGGAAAAAAGGAAAUUUUGAUUCAAACUAUUUUGAAUACUCGUUUCACUUGAGAAUAGAUAUACAUGCAGUGUAACAUCUACUUCCAACUUGCACGCAACGGACGUCCCUGGGAACAGUCUUCUCUUGAUUAAUACAAGUGAAAAAUCUCUAUUUUAAGUUGUCUUGCUAGUGAAUUGAUGCUCAUUAUUUACAUUUCUUCUGUAUUUUUUUCUUUUUUUCACCUUUCUGUUUUCCUACUUUUCCGUUUUCUUUACUUUAUUUUCAAAAAAUGAAUUUUUAAGUAUCAUUUGGUUCAUUAAAACCUCAUUUGCUCAUUACAAGUUUAACUAAGGUCAGGAGACAUGUCUGUAUGAAAGGAAGAGACGCCUGGAUUUAACUUUUUUGUGGUCCGAGGCUGGUUUGUAAAAAGUAUCGUACUGAUUUGACUGAACUCUGUGAGGUAUUGCCCUCAAAACAAACAAAUGAAAAACAGCUUUAAUCAGCCAGCUAUUGAUGUUUCACUUGCAGAGAAUUGGACAAAAAAAUGUUUUGGCUCAUUGCCUUCUCUCUUUUUCCUUUUUCUCUCCAGUUGGUACUGAAACACAGACAAGGAAAAAAUCACAAAAUGAGAAUUGUGGUGUUUGUAGGAAGUCCUGUGGAAGCUGAUGACAAAGAUGUAAGUUGGAUUUACAAGUUAAGCUUUUUCAUUUUUGAAUAAUAAUAAAUUAUAACAAAACGCAAGUAAAUUCAGGAUUGCCAUUGUCAGGGCAAAAACUCGUUGGGAAAAAUAUUUUAAGGUAAGAGAAAGGUGGAGAAGGGAAAGUCUUGUGGUCAGAGUCAGUGAAGAGGGAAUUUUAUAUAUUCUCAGCAUGUCAUGGGGUUUUGUGAAAGCUAAAAGAGGAUAAUAUCCUCUAAAGAAUUUUAAUUGAGAAAGGUUUGAACCCAGGAGUCAUUUCAAAAGAACGUUGAGUUUGAUCGUCCGGGCGAACGUAGUCCUGAAUAGGACUGUUGUUGUUGACAGUGACUGACAUUUCGACAACCUGUGUGGUAGUCAUCUUCAGAGUCAAAGGGAGUUGUAUCACGUCAGUUGAUGGUAUAAUCAACUUGUAUCACGUCAGCUGAUGGUAUUUAAUCCUCUAAAUUUUGUUUAAAAAAUCCAAAUCUAAUAAAAAUGUUAAGAUAAAGGAAAUGAAACAAAAAAUACUCACUACCAGUAAAAAAGGGUCAAGGGGAAUGUGCAAAUAUGUAAGUCCAGAAAACCUAUUUGAAGAUUGAUCGCUAUUACCUUGUUUUAAUGUGCAGCAACCCUUUUAACGUUAAAGUUCUGAGUGAUAAGUAAGUACCCAUAUUUGGAUCACUGUCAGAUGGAAGAUAGCAUUCAAGGCAGUGAGCAUCAACUUAUCAGUGCAUACAACGUAUUUGAAGGCAGAGGUAGCCUUUAAAUUAUAGCCACUUCUCAUGGCCCUUUGCCUCAAGGGAUAUUUAAGGAGAAAUUACUGUCUCUAAUUAAUGUGGUGAGUGAUAUGAAAUUGCUGUAUUUACAGGUGUAGGUGGAGGUUCUCAGUUUUUUUUUUCCAAAUUUCUUUACAAGUGUGCAAAAGUCAAUCACAAUAAUGCACUCUUAACAAAAUAUUCAUUGUGAAAGGUUUGAACCCAGGAUUUUUGACUCUGAAGAUAACUACCGCACAGGUUGUCGAAAUGUAAGUCACUGUCAACAACAACAAUCCUAUUCAGGAUUAAGUUCACCCGGACGAUCAGACUCAACCUACUUUUAAAAUAUUCAUUAUUUGUCCAUGAUAACGGUAAGCAACAGCACACCGUUCUGACAGCCUAUGAUGUAAAGUUGAAGUCGCCAGCAUUCUUACAUGUCAAUAAAAUAUCUUAUAUGUAUUAUGUAUUUUAUGUUUGUAGCUUGUCAAGCUAGCCAAGAAGCUGAAAAAGGAGAAAGUGAAUGUAGAUGUUGUUAACUUUGGAGAGGAGGUAUGAAUCUUGUUAUAACAGUCUUUAAUAAUUGCAUUUUACUACAAUCACAAAGUUUUGUAUGAGUUAGAGCAGUAGUUUUCAAAUCAAAAUUCGUGCUCUAUCAUGAAUGACUCAAUAAAGUUUUGAGUUUUUGGGGGAAAGUACCUGUUACAAGUGAGUUAACUGCUUGUAUUUCUAAGGCGGGUGCUUAGAUUUCAUCUAGUAAGGGUUCCAACCAGUCAGUGGAAUCCUAAAUAAGCCUCUAGGGCAGGGCUCUUACUAGGCCGCGGGUCAGGUAUUUCUUCUGGCUUCUGAGAGCAUCACGCCCAGCUACUUUCUCAGGAAACAAAAGGAAAGGAGAAGUCCUUAGCUGUUUAAUUCCUUACCUCUCUGCAAUGGCCACUUCUUCUGUCCCCAAGGUGGUCAUUGAAGGGAGGUUUAACUAUAGUAAUAAGGCAUGUGGCUGUUAAAAAUGAAUACAGUCGAACCUCGCAGUCGAUUAACGGGACUUUUCGAUUACCCGUUUUUUUUUCCUGAUCCCGUUAUUGUCUUGCGUAUUCAUAAUAAUAUUAUCGUUAAUAUCGUUGGCACUCCAUCGAUAGUUAUACCUAGUCUCAUUUCCAGCGUGUUGCGUUAUUUGACCCCGAUGCGUUUAGGAUUGUGACAAGGUUCAUUGCGUAUGCAAAUUUUUUUCGUGGAACUUCACAACAAAAGAUGAAACACCUUUAUAGUUUCAAGAAAAUAAUCCUUUCCACAGGAAGGGACCAAGAAUCUGUCAAAUGUUGGAAAAAAGGAAUCUUUUGCUAUGCAAAAUACGCUUGAUUUGCUCGUUGGCACUCUAUCCAUUUUUAUACCUAGUCUUAUUUCCGGCGUGUUGCGUUAUUUGACCCCGAUGCGUUUAGGCUUGUGACAAGGUUCAUUGCGUAUGCAAAUUUUUUUCGUGGAAGUUCACAACAAAAAAUGAAACAUGUGAAGUUCAUUUUCAAGAAGGAGAUUAUGAAUUAAACCUGGAGUGUUUAUUCGCGAUAUAACAGCUACGGUUUCAUGGCAGUAUUAUAAAGAGUUAGUUACACCUAUUGUACUCAUGUUUCGGAAAUAUUUUUGAGAUAUCAUCGUUAAAAAAAAAAGAAACGACCGAAACAAGGGAAACCCCGAAACGAUUUCGCUUGAUUUGUUCUUCGUUUUGGUUUUGGUUUUGGUCGUUUUGGUGCUUUCGCUCAUUUCGUUCCAAUGGUUUCGUUUUGUUGUUUCGGGUUUUAGCUGAGGGCAAACGAGAAGUGAACAAAUGAAUAAAGUUCAUCUGACACGGCUUUUCAGACGGUAUUCUGGUUACAUUUUACCAAGAUACUUCAAGUUAUUAUGCUCCAUGUUUACUAUCCGUUUAGCGUUCUAUAAGUAACUGUUUUUCCUGGAACGAUCUUGCCGACUCAUCCGUUUUCAAACGUUUCCAGCUGUCCGUUUGUGGACUUAGGUCAACCGUUUAACGGUUUAAGCUAUCCGUUUUGGGAUUUUGGUCAACCGUUUAACGUUUUGAGCUAACCGUUUAUAUUUUUGGUCAACCGUUUAACGCUUCAAGCUAUCCGUUUUUGGACUUUGGGCAACCGUUUAAAUUUUUUGCUAUCCGUUUAAAGAGUUAUGGAAACCGUUUAAACGCUUGAGUUAACCGUUUACUAUCCGUUUAGAACCGUUUUUCUUGACCGUUUAACGGAAAAGCGUUAGUGUCCGUUUUCCCAAAGAGGGUCACAUAUGUGAUCUUCAAAAAUUGAAGCAAUUAAAAGUUCACUAAUCCUUCCAAACGUGUGUUUAAAACACUGUUGUAAUCUGUUUUGAACAGGAACACUUGAAACAGUAUUUUUUUUAUUUGUGAAUACAUACCGUGAUACAUACAGACCGUACAUAAAUGCAAGUAGGAUCUAAUUCACACUUAACUUUUGUUUUCUUUAUUCCCUGUGUUUGCAGUAUUGCCUCAUUAAUAUUCAUAUUUUCGAUUAUCCGGACUCGCCAUUAUCCAGACUAUAUACUCAAGUCCCAACGAAUCCGGAUAGUUGAUGUUCGACUGUAUCAAUAAUUAAGUAAAUAAAUAAAAUGCUUGGUUUAAAAAACACUGGGCUAGAAUGCACUCUGAGGUCAAGCAAAUUCCAGAUCCUACAGCCAAGUUCUGCCUCAAAGCCUGAGGACUUAAAUCGAGAAAAAUACAGAAUACAUCUUUUCUUUCUCAGACGAUAAAUUCAGAAAAGCUGACAACAUUUAUCAACACCAUCAAUGGUAAGGAUGGCAACUUGUGUCACUUGGUAACUGUACCACCAGGCCCGCUGUUGUCCGAUGCCCUCAUUUCAUCCCCCAUACUUCAAGGUGAAGAUGGAGCAGGGCCAGGAAUGGAGUAUGCCUCGGAGUAUGGCUUUGAUCCCAACUCUGAUCCAGAACUUGCACUGGUGAGUGGUUCCAAGAGUGACCAAUAUCAAUAUUCUCCGUACAAUAUCAAUAUGUAAUGAACAGAAAAGGCUAUGAGAGUUGGUAAAAUGAUUAUCCAAGGGGAGACACUUUGAUCUCUCAUCAAAUUCUCUUAACUGCCGCUUGGUUAGCUCAGUUGGGAGAGUGCCGGUCUUCUGAGCAGUUUCAAACAGUGGCUAGACCAACACUCAGGGUCUUUAAAUAACUGAGAAAAAAAAUUAUGCCUUUGUAAUGACAUGUGAAACGGUUAGACUUUCUAGUCUUCUCGGAUAAGGAUGAAAAACUGUAGGUCCCGUCUUUGCAGCACUUUCGCUUAUCUGGUUCUUGUGGGAUGUAGGAAAACCCACUCCAUUGUUCUUAAAGAGUAAGAGACGUAGACCCCGGCGGUGUGGCCAAUCUUUCCUGGCCUGGGUGGGUCAUCUGUAAGGAGAGAUCUUAAAAUAUGGAUAACCUCUUGACCCUCCUUCAGGAUUCGUAAUGGCUUCCUGUAAACAGAGUAUGUCAUGUUUAAGGAAGUGUAGGGAGAUAACUUCAGAGAAUUUGUGUGUUGAUAUUGGGGAUCAAAGAGUUAAUGCAGAAACCACAACAGGCCUGCCAUGGUUCCCAUAUAAGCACGAAAGUACAUGGAGAGUCCUUGAAAUUUGUUGCAUAAUUUGACAAUAAAUGUUACUGGCAGAAAAGUGUAGCCGAACAAAAAUGAUAAAAAAGCAAAGCUGAUUACUGUUGGCUUGAGUUUGCACUGCAUGGCGUCCUUUACAAAUAGGAAUUGUAUCCUUGAAAUUCCUUGAAUUUUUGGUCUAAAAAAGGGUACGAACAAUGCGUUUUUUGGUACCAGUUGCUUUAUCAUGUAUAUGAACUUAAGUUUAAAUUACGUACUUGAACUCUAUCCAUUUAUCUGUAUGUUUUUUGUCCUUGUUUUCUCUUUUGCUAAUACCAGUAUAACUGAACAUGUUUUGUUCGUGUAAAUGGGGCUGUAGAGAGAUCUCUGAUGGAAGUUGAACUGAAAAAAAAAUUCAACCUGAUUAGUUUGAAGUGAAUAGUAAGCAUGUUACAUGCUUUGUAGAUCACAAAAGUAAAGGAAUGACCCCCAUAGGACCAGGUAGAAAAGGUCUUCAUCAUUAAACAAAUGCUGUUAUUCAGCAUCUCAGAAUAUUAUAACAUUUAUACUACUACAUGAGAAAUUUCUGCAAUUUGAUUGGCUUAGAACAGUGGUAUUUCAGCUUAAUUUCAAAUACUUACAUGUGAAAAUUACAAACCUUUUGUGGGUAGUAGUAUAAACAAAUAAUGGCAUGAUUUGUACGUGAUAUUUGGCAAAAAUACCACUCGUCAUAUUUCAAAAUUGUCUCAAAUUUCACUCGCCUAACGGCUCGUGAAAUUACGUAUAACAAUUUUGAAAUAUAACUCGUGGUAUUUAUGCCAAAUAUCACUACAAAUCAUGCUACUACCUAUACUAAGAAUAAUUAUGCAUGCUGGUGUUAGGAUUUAAAGGGACUGGUUCACGGUUACAGGCAUAUGCGAGCGAUGACGCAAGUUCAUCGUUUAUGAACCAAUCACAAAUGAGAGCAUAAGUCACGCCGGUUUUGCGAAUGUUUCGCGAUCAGUCAGCUGACUUCUCGCUCAUACAUAUUUAAAAAAAUCUUCGUGUAACGCGAAUAUUCAGAGGUUUUUCUUUUGAAAAUGUCUUCCGCACCGUUGAAACUUCAUUCUGCAAGUGCAGUGGUGUUUGUUCUUGGAAGGAUGGCAGGAAAGCGAAAUGAGCAGUAGUUCACAUCAAAAUGUUGUUCAUAAUCUCGAGGUCUAGAGCCUAGUUUGGUUAAAGGCACUAUGUCACGAGGAUAAUGUUGUCUUGGGUAAAUUUUGUUCCGAAGUCAUAACUUAGUGCCUUAACUCAUACACAAAAUGCUUCUGUAGAGUUAGGGCCUGUUUACAUGGAGGUGGGGGAACCCAGAUAGGUGAGGUAACAUGUGCCUGGUCACCCCACCUAACAUGUAAACGUGAUCAAAUUAAAAUGAGAGAUUAUGUGGACAGGCGGGUUACCCACCAAAGCGGGUUACCCCCACCUACCUGGGGUCCCCCACCUCCAUGUAAACAGGCCCUUAGAAAUAAGAUGUCAAACAAAUUUCACCGGGCAGCACUAACCAUAAUAUUUUUUGGUGAUUUUUGCAAGCAUUAAACCUUGAAAAACGUUGGCCCAAUUUUUUUUAAGUUAAUAGUUUAUGUCUUAAAUAACAAAACUGGACCGUUUUUUUAAAUUAAAUUAAUGCAAAGACAAAUUUUAAGCUUUUCAAAAAGAUAGCAAAUAGCGUGAAAUAGCCUCCUUAAACAGUGGAAUUGAAAAGGUUGCAUUUAUUUUUUAGGCUCUUCGUGUGUCCAUGGAAGAACAGCGUCAGCGACAAGAGGAAGAAGCCCGGAGAGCCACAGCGGCCAGUGGCGAUGACACGCCCACCCCCCAGGCCCCCAUUGCAGACAGUGAAGAAGCAAUGCUUCAACAGGCUCUAUCCAUGUCUACUCCACAGACACCAGUGUUUGAUUUCAGUGCUAUGACGGAAGAGCAGCAGAUAGAGUAUGCCAUGAGGCUGUCGCUUCAAAACAUGGAGGCGGAGUCAGGGGCUGACGGUGAGAAGGAUGUAGAAAAAGACAAAGAUGAGAAGCAAGAACAGGCUGGAGCCAGUGCUAUGGAAACAGAUACACAGGUCUGAGUUCUCUUCUUACUUUUCUUUUUUAUUGAAAGGUACAAUAGUUUUCGAGUAUCUUAUUACAGGAACUUUAACGCCUCAUGAAAUGAACGCGAAUUUCAAAACAAAUUCGCGUGAAUUUAAGUCGGGACGAGGUUGUUUUAGCUCAGCUGUUUAUGUUAGAACCGGCGAAAAUUGCGGAGAAUUUCAUCCGUUUCCCGAAGAAGAAGGAGCCGAACUACUGCCUAAAAAAUUAGCAUGAACAGAGAAAAUACAACUCGAGGGAUGACAACCGUCAUAAAAAGAAUAUCGACUAGACUAAACUAAUUUGCCCCGGGGGGUACUCCUGGGAAUUCUUAGUGGGGGUGUGCCGCCCGGUUCCCCAAAUCCUGACCCUAUUUCAAACCCAAAAAUGUUAUUUUCCACACCCGUUUUCAGACCUGGCCUUUAGGCAGAAAUUAUUUCAUCAUUACUUAGAUCAGAGCGCAAGCAAAAAAUUUCUUCAAAUGCAUUUCGCAUUCACAUAUUUCUAUUUUUCAUAUUCAUUUGGAAUUGAAACGAUAAAUACGUUCAUUAGUUCUCGUGGUUCCCUCGAAAACCAUACCCUAUUCCAGACCAAAAUGGACAAAGUAUAUACCCGUUUUCAAACCAAAAAGGCCCAAAAACCCCACCCUUUGGGGCGGCACAUUCCUAUACGACUUAUAUAAGGGAGUACCCCCGCCCCCCGCCGGGUAAUUUGCUGAGGAACUGCCAAAUGGAGACGGGAACUUAACAUCGAUCGAGGUGAGCAUUUUUUCUUAAGUAAGAAUUAUUUAUAGAGGAUAUUACACGGUGGCGCGAAGAUAUGAAUUUUAUUUUCGACUGGCAAAACAAUAUUUUACUCACUCGCUGCGCUCGUUCGUAAAAUAUUGUUUUUGCCACGAGAAAAUAAAAUUCAUAUCUUCAAGCCGCCGUGUAAUGUUCUUUUUAUUAUAUAGACAACAAGACGUCGAUAAAAUAAUAGAUUUUUAUUCGCGCAAAAAGUAAUUGUGACGGCUCAAAUUUACAGUGCAGCAAUAUAAGACAUUGUUUACAAUAAUCUUGAGAAAUAACACUGAGCUGAAUAGGGCUCUACAAUGACAAAAUAUAAGCAAAGCUUUGAAAAAUGUGCAAGUAAAAUUCAAAAAUUUCGAAGGGAAAUUACCAAAAUUACAUCAUCGAUAAACUCACGUUUGAGAUUAUGGAAAAUAAACCACUCGGGUCCCGGAUGUAGUUUUUAUUAAUUUUACGAGUGGUAUAUUUUCGAGUAAAACAUUAGUGUCUAUAUAAUAAUAAAUGAAUAAAACAAUUAUUGAAUAUGGCUUUCGCAUGAUCUGAAGAAUUAUUUAGAUCGAGGAGUGUGUUAUUUUAGUCGGAACUCCUGGUGGCAAAAACAAUAUUUUACUCACUCGCUGCGCUCGUGCGUAAAAUAUUGUUUUGCCACUCGAAAAUAAAAUUCAUAUCUUCGCGCCACCGUGUAAUAUCCUCUAUAUACUUAGCCUCAUUCAUUAAUUAACAUUGCUAAACAUCCCAUAAAAGUCUGAGUUAUCUAAUUUAGUUAUAACGUUUGAGCCUUUCGACAUAACACUAUCGCGUUGAAAUUCAAAUGAGACACCUUCUUCCCUUUUUAGUAGUUCAUAAAAACAUUUCAAAUGUGUGAUGCUAGAGCAAGCUGUUUGGGGGGCCCAGGGGGGCGGGGGAAAAGGUUUUCUCUCCCGCGCCCUGAUUCCCCCAUGGAGCUACAAUCUUGGACAAAAAGUGUUAACAAUUUUGCACUUCCUUACCCACAGAACGCCUAUACUGCGGAUUUGGCACCGCUAUGGCCCCUCCCCUCGCCCACGCUGACCCUGUUUUCUUAGUCGGGAUCAAAAAUGAGCCAGCCGGACUUCAACAUUUUUGUUUUGCGGGGAAGGGGAAGUAUUUGUAGUUGCCAGUGCUUUUAAGAGCUUUAUCUUAAACUAGACAUAGUAACGUCCAUUUUUCUCAACAUUUUUGUCGAAGAUUGUAGCUCGCAGGCUAGUGGGAAAGAAGUGCAGUGUCUCUGUUGUUACACUUUUUUAAUUUCUUUUUCUUUUGUGUGUGUGUAUAUUCAGGGAGAUGGGACUCAGGACAUCACAGAAGUCAUGUCCGAUACAGACUUCAUUCAAAACGUUCUUAAGAAUUUACCCGGAGUAGAUCCAAGUAGUGAAGCCAUACAAAAAGUCAUGGUAUCACUCGCUCAGCAAGAUAGCGAAGAUGCUAAAGGCAGAGAUGACCAAGAUGAGCCCAUGGGCGAGGAGGACACCGACAAAGACAAGAAAAAAGACAAAGAAUAACCACCGUCUCUCUCUUUGUAAAUACGCUUUGCGCUU